CAAUUCUUUGACCUUGCCGCUGUUUACAGUUUUGUGCGCCACAAUUUUAGUUAGAAGUGUUUAUUCCAGUUACUGCUGAAUGCUUACUGCAUAGUUUGGGUAACGUAGUUUACCGGUCGUUAAACGUAGCAGUUAUAGUGGAAAUCUCUGCUGGUUAUUCACCUGUUCCCAGGAAAGAAUGUCAUGUGACGUUUGGCAGCAGGUUUUAGCUCUUGACUCACGAUAUAGCAUCGUUAGACCUGCAACAAAAACAAAUGCAGAGUUGCGACAACUUUACCUUCGGAGAAGAAAUCAAUUAACAAGGGAAAAGUCAGCUUUGAGUGCUGGUGAGACAUUUAAGCUUCCGAAUUUGUCAAGUUGUACUCAGUAUUCGGCUGAAACUUCUAUGGCUUAUUUUGCUAGCUAUAGGAAUAUUCGCGAGCAGCUUCUGUUAACACUCUAUGGUCCACCAAAGUCCAUUAAGUGUCCAUCACCGCAAUCCAGUAUUAAUAAAGCCAAGAGCUUUGAUGAAAGUACUAGACAGCCUUCGCUGCUAGACUACUCAAUGGUUGGAUCUGUUUGUGAUAUAGCUUCAGAGUAUGCAACACCUACAAAAAAUGAGACUCUAAGUGAAAGUUAUGCGUUUUCUGGUAUUGAACAUAUAUUCGACCAUCAUUCAGGGUCUGUUAACCGCUUGUGCUUUGCAAAUCAUGACUCAAGUCGUUUAGCAUUGGCUUCGUCUGAUGGUACUAUAUCCAUAUGUCGUAUUUGUCCAACCAGCAGACACUUUUCCAUUUCAUGUGUUCUUCCAGAAUUUCGUGUAAAACAAACAGAAAUUACUGAUAUAGCGUGGUCCAUGACCAAUGAGUUUCUGGUGAGUACAUCUCUUGAUGGUAAUAUAUGUCUUUGGGAUGUUGGGGAAGCAAGGCUAGCGCGAGAGUAUUUGAGUAAGGAUCUAAAACUUGGUCCACUACUGACAUGCGCAUUUCAACCUGCAAAUAACAACUUAUUCGCUGUUGGCAGUGCAACCGGAAUUGUUCAGAUGCUAAACCUCUCCACAGGUAAGGCGUGCGUCAGAGGGAUGGACCGCAUUCACAUCACUCGCCACAGUAAAACUUGUCUUAAUUCUUCGGUGAUUGAGCUGCGCAGCUUAUUGGGUACUGGUUGUAUCACAACGUUGGCUUUUGAAAAUGCAUCUGGCAAUUAUUUGUGGGUUGGAACUGAUCGGGGUAUAAUUCAAUCUUACGUAUGUGAAUCAUCAACAGGUUUCAUUACAAGAUCUCAGCGUUUCGAUCUAUCCUUAUUAAACGUUUCCAUUUUGUCCUCAUUUCUGGAUGGUGAAAUAAAACUGCACGAUCAGUUGAACGAAGAAUUAAAUGGUAGUCGUAAAGCUCUCUUCCUAUCUAAAGCAGAUCAAAGUUUCAAAAAGUGGACCAGUAACAAAGACCGAAUACGCAUAUCUGGUGGCAUACUUAAGACAAAUAAUAAAAACACUCUCAUGAAGCCUAGUAUAACUAGCCUUUCAAUGUACGAUUGGCUGUCAAAAGAAAAGAAUGAAACAUACAUGCUAGUCAAUGUAGCGGGUAUAGGGCUUUUGCUGCUUCGAUUAACACUACAUGGAAGACAGCUAAUACUGGAACAAAGGUUUCCAUUACAACAAAGUUCAAAUCCCUCAACUCUUCGUCUAAUUCAUUCUUGCUUUGCACCACUUAUAUCUUUCCGUUCUGGAGCUUGCGCAGUAAGUGGUAGCGAAGAUUGUAAUGUCUAUUUGUAUAACGUAUUAGGCAAUCGUAAUAGCAAUUCUGCAACAGGAAAUGUCUUCAAUAGACCUAAGCAGUUAUCUGGCGGCAUUGUAACAAUCUUACAAGGACAUAUAGCUCCCGUACUAGAUGUUGCAAUCAGUUGGGAAGAAAAUAUGUUAGCAUCAGCAGAUGAGAAAGGUGCUGUCAUCAUUUGGAGAAGGAAAGACAAGUCUCUUGAUGAUUGUGAGAGAUAAACAUCCAUUGUUCUGCUAACCAUUGUGUUCUCAGUUAAUAUACUAGGUAUUCCAACAAUUGAUUGAGUGUAUGUAAUAUUAGUGUCUUCAUUUCUGUGAUUCACUUGUAAUCCAUUCUUGUGAUAUUUGUAAAUAUACUAACCGCGUGUACUUUUUUUAACUUCGGAACCGAAAGAUACUAUUCUAUUACUAAAAUUAAUAAAGAAACUUAAAUGAGAUAAUAUCAUUCACUAAGCUCUAUGGGUUUUUUUAUCAUCACUAGCAAACUACAGAUCUUUUUAGAAUUGCUAUAUCCGAUCAGCACCUGUUGUUAACUGUUCAUACUGCGUGUUCAAAUGACGUUUCCGUGUGGUUUCUAGAAAUUUCAAACCGUACAGGAUACUCAUCACGACAUUAGAAAAGAACAAACAAGAAGUCAUGCAAAGCAUACCUUUUCAACGAUUUUGUUUUCAAAAGUUUUGCAACCGCAAUUCAUACACGUUAGCAUAAUUCGGAAUUUUUUUAUUUAAUUCGAUACACCUACGAAGGCAAGAUUUAAAUGAAGUAAUAAUUCCAUAGUUGAUAUGAAAGUUCGCAGGUGUGAUGAAAGAAUUUAGGUCACAUGGAGGAUCGUGACCUAAAUAAUAAUACAGGGUUAGGAAAAUAGUUUGUUUUACAUCCCUCUUUUAAUUUACACUCACAUGUCAUCAUAUCCACGAACUUCCAUAUCAAGUUGAAAACUAUCUCAUUUAAACGUCACGCCUUCAUUGCUGUUAAACUGAAUAACAGUCGAAAAUCACGCUAAGUCAUAUGAAUUGCGAUUUUACAACUUUUCGGAAUGAAAUCGCUGACAGGCUGUGCAACCAAGUAGUUUUUUAAUCCCAUCUCCAGCCAUUCUACAGACUCUUAACCGGACUUUGAGAUACUAUACACAAAUAAGUCAUCAAUGAUUACCAGUCUUAUCACUGUUCCUAUAUCACGCAUGAAAGAUUUGUAGUUAUUUGGAGCCUGAUGGAGCAUUUGGCAUUAUAUUAUUAGCUGAUCUGCUACAUGCACUGGAUAAUUUUACUGAGAUUUCCCUUUCCUACUACGUAUGCCACACGCGGCCGGUCAACUUAUCUCGAUAUAUCAUUCGACUAUAUAUUCGUGUUCCCCUAGUUCGAAGUCAAUUGUCGCACUUCGCGAUAAUACAAAUUGAAAACGUUAAGCAUUCCCAGUUAUGAGGAUCACCGUUAUGCUGCCACACAUCGUAGUCUGAAUAUUUUGCGUUGGCAAGAGGAAACGGGGGAAAACGGUACUGUUAGACCAAAGGGGACAUCUACCUAUAGUCGGUUGCACGCAGUCCGCUUGAAACGGCUUUGUGAGCAUAAUUUAACCAUUAUUAUCAUUCUUAUACUUCGAGAGAAACACGAGAUUUAUUAGCCAUCGUCUGCCAGCAUCGAUAAAAUAACUUCGAAACAUCCUUUGACCAUCUGUAUCAGGAACUGAGAUAUCAACACAGACAGAAUUUCAGUCUAAUAAAUUCGAAAUAACAAUUUCACCCAGUAUUAAUUUUCAAGCAUCGAGAGGAAACGCCGAUAGAUAUGCUCAUCAUGUAUAUAUCUAUUUACUCUCAUCUUGAUAUUAUUACUAUGGCCCAGAAUUCCUUAUUCUUUACGAUAUGAAUGUUCAACAAGCGUUUCCUCAUUAUGCAUUUACUUUUGCUUAAGCAGUGCUCAGACAGUUUCGGGGCUCGAAAUGUUCAUAGUACUAGUGUUUGGGAUAACCAAAACAAAGUAGUCACACGAAAGGUUCAAACUGACAGUCAUCAGCUUAUUGAUCUGAUAAGUGAACACAAAGUACCUCUUAAUCAUCGAUGUUGAUGCUCUCAGAUGUUGUGAGGUAUUGCAUGGCAAUUCACGUCAAACCGGUGGAAAAUGCACCACUUCAUAAAACAGCAUCACUACUGCCAGUAAACAGGCCAGAUUCCUUAGAUGUGAGGUAAGAUUACUGACAUUAGAGCCUCUCAGGCUAAUGUUAAAAUUAUGAGGGUCAACGUAGUCAACUGUGACCGUCUGUCAACAAUCCUACUCGUCAUGUAUAUUUAUCUCCAUAUUCGAAUCUUUCAUUUCAAUUCACGUCUUCACACUCGUACAUGUUAUUUUAUUUUACUGAGAAAACACUUUAUUGACUGACAACACUCGUCUUACCUCCCAUUGUAUCACAUUAUGUUGAUAACCAAUAUUAUUUCCAAAUGUAUUCUAUCUUCCUUUCUGUUUCACGCAUGUAUAUUGACUUUUAUUUUACUCAUUCGUAUGUCUAGUUAAUUUCUUCACUCAUGUAUAUAAAUGAAGUCAGAAAGUUGUGUACCUUCAUGAUUAUGAGCAAUAAAUUCUGCUCAGAACGCCAUCAGUAAAUACUAGUGCAUAACACUGAG